AUGUCGAGUUAUAGCAAUUACACCAACAAUCUAGAUGAAGAUAAGAACGGCAGUGCUGCUAGCACAUCCAGCGGAAAAAAUUGCUUAAUGAAGGGAACACUGUCUUCAUUAAAAUCACUUAUCAAGAUUUUUGGAGUUACGGCUGUACUUUUGGCCCUUCAUUACUCCAACAACAAUGACUACGGCAUUAAUGGAAAAGACAUAGUGAGCGGAUUAAAGUCAAGCAAUGUAAGAAGCUUAUCCGAAAUGAACGCAAAUUUUGGAGAAUCAAGGGAGAAUUUACAAUUUUCUGGUGAAAAUGUUAAUGAAAGAAGAAACAGCUACAACAAUGGUAAUUAUCGUAACCAAUGGGGAAGUUAUGAACACUUGAAUUCAUCACCGUACAGUGAUAAUUAUUAUAACCAGGGAACCCAACAAAUAGGUGAAGGAAGCAUGGGUCGUAUGCAUUUUAACUCCUUUAAUUCAGGAUUAGCCCAAAAACUUAAGGAAAAUGCUAUAUAUAUCCUACCAGGUAUGAUAGCAGGUUAUUAUGCAUGGAACAGUUUAGGCACACAAACAUUUAUAUUGCUAUCUGCUAUUGUAGCAGAUGAUAGUAAAAUAAAUGGAGGUCUUUUUAUAGAAAGGCAAGAAUACCAAGGUUCAAGAUAUGAAAAUGACAACGAUGAGGAAAAAGUAGAGCGAAUGUUAAAAGUAGAAUAA